ACAGCAACACUCCUCAACAGCCUAGCAUGGAAGGGCUACCUGAUCUUCAUGGCACUCAACUUCUCUUUCAUUCCGCUCGUCUACUUUUUCUACCUCGAAACAUCGAAUCUAACUUUGGAAGAGAUCGAUUUCUUGUUUACGACAGAUGGCGCAGACGGGCUUCACAAGUUUGGCCGCAAGAGCCAGCCAGUCAAGGAGAGUCAGAGACCGAAUGAGGAGAUUCUUCAAGAUGUCGAGCGACGACGAAGCUCAAUUGGCGGGACCGAGAAGGGUGAGCAGGUGGAACGUAUUGACGAUAAAGCUUCGUGA